AUGUUGAAUCAGGGGGCUUCUUUACGGCCCUUUCAUCUACGCAUACUAUUCCCACAUCUACUCACAUUGCCAAAGACAGAUCCGAGACGAACAAAAGCACCCACAUCAAUCACUCAGUCCACAGCCAUCGACCUCGAACUAUACACUUACUUUGCAUUACUAUUGCGAGAUUUCAUACAUCCUUGGUACAAACUUUUAUCAACAGACGAGGAUCUCAGUGCUGAAAUUAUAGAUCUACUGACCUUGAUUGUACAGAAGCUAGAAAAGAGAUUAUGUGAAGAGGUGGAUUGGACGGAGCUGAUAUUGCUUGAUCUACCCAAGCUAUUGUCCAUACACUAUCACGACUACAGACAAGCAAAGCGACGCAUAUACAUGGAUCAUGGCAGUGGAGGCAGCUCCUUGGUAGACUUGUUUCACGGCAUGCAACCUCAUUUCGCACUACAGCCUGUGGAAAAUAGAGAGAGAGAAUACCUAGCUGCAUUAACCGAGUCAUUGCUCAAGAUCCUGCUGCAGCCCAAAGACUAUAACAGCGAUUGCGUUCGGCAUUUAGUGAGAGAGAUACUGUCCAACUUGGUGCUAUCCAACUUGAUUGAAUCGUUAGCGGAUCCCUACACCAUACACAUGAUUAUUUGUAAGUUGUUGGGGUCAUAUGAGACGACACUGGAUGAGUUGGAAGUAUCUGCCCAAUUUCAAGAAACCUAUUUCAGUGCGCUUACCAACGGACAAUCACCACACAAAUUAAAACAAGAGUCAAAAAACACUCAGUUUGUGAGCAGCAAUGAUAUCAAGGCUGCUGCUGCUGCCAAAAAAGAAGAAGAGGCCGAGAGCCUAACAAAACAAAUGCAGCGAUUACAACAAGAGCGACGAAAAAAGGAAGGAAAUUCAGGACAAACGAUCCUGGAGGAAGAGGAUCUGCCGCAACAACAACCUCAGGAACCGAGAAAGCGAUUCUCGUUUGCUUAUAUUACAUUGCAAGUGAUACUUGCACCAUUCCGCACAUUUUGGAUGUAUAUCAUGGCCACCAUGACACAAUCACAGGAGCAUUAUCACAGAGUCAAUCAGCACAAGAAGAGGACCCGUCAGAUGCGACUUGUCGAGCCUUUGAUGGAGUUUGUCUUUAUAGCCAGUCAAGUAGAAGAACGACCGGUGUUGCAAUGGGCGUGGCAAAUGAUGGCCAUGUUCUUUUGGCCCUUGAUCCGAGUGUUUGGUGGUGGUCUGCUGAUUGACAAGUUUUUGGAACAGACAGUGUUGCAUGUGUUGAGUGAGGAUCAUGUCGUGUUUUAUCUGCGGUUGGGGUGUGAUCUGUUAUGGCCCGAUGGUGUGUUUAUUCAAAGAGCGGAUCCGCCUACCCCAUUGCAGAGGGAGCAAAUGAGAGAAAGAGCAGAGCGGCUAUUAACAGUAGCUAUUCCAGCUAAUCUGCGAGGCAUUUUGUUUGAAGCAAAGGAUCUAAAUCAGCUACAGAUCCAUGUUCAUGACAUGCUUGAACCUCUGCAGAACAAGCAAAUCAACAAGCAUUUACUGUACCUGCUGGUGGAUCUGAUAUUGACUAAGGUUUUACCUGAACUACUUACUAGCAACUAA